AGUGGUGAGGAUAUCGUAUCUGCCGGAAGCGUGAGAUGAAAGCGCCCGUGCGAGCUAGGUUUUGGGAGAGGCGCAGUUUGGCACAAGAGAGUGCCAGGAACGCUCGCAAGCCAUGCGGGGGGAGGGCAACGAUCUAGCCAGCCAGGCGUGUUCGGCCUCAUGUUCGUCUUGUCAUUCCCCCUCUUUUCGUUUCUCUACGAAACCGGAUGGCUCGGACACGACGCUGGUAAACUGAUGACGGGAAUCCCUAUCUCUCUCUCUCUCUCUCUCUCUCUCUCACUGACACCGUUCAUUAGAUUCCUCUCAUCGCUUGCAGUUGUUGGCCGUCGAGCAGAGAGGGAGAACGGCCACAGGUCAACCCAUAGCCACACUCAGCUGCUGGGCGUAGAUGGAGCACACCCGGCUUACCAUCGCAGCACGUCUGUUCGCCGGAAGACUGUGCGUCGCAGGGAGUGUGUUAGACACUACCCUUCGUCCGUGGGCACUGCGUGUCUCAGCUCAAAGUCCUUCAUAUGGUUUUCCAAAAGCCAUGGCCGUUUUCCUAGGGCUGCCAAAAGACUUCGUUGGAGACGCUUCAACGACUUUGGACUAGAAGGCAAAAAAUGCUUUGGCUACGUACCUGAGGUCGAGAUGGUGGACGUUGUGAAUCUGACGAGCAUUUUGUUGCAGAUCUCAUCCAUGUCUCGCCCACAACCGGCCAAAAUAAGCUCCGAAAAAACGUCGUCACAGUUAGCGUUUAUGCCGCAAGCUCAAUCCAUGCAACACCCGAGUCUAACCAAGAAAUCUUCCGAACCCUCUCGCUGUAAAGUAUUGGAUAUUCAUGCGGAAAGCGAAACUCACAGCCUCUUUUGCCUCCUCUCGCAACCUUUGUCAGUAAUGUUGGAAUGACUUUUCGCGGGGGGGGUCUAGGAUUGGCAGUUCGGGGACAAUGCCGCCACUCCUGGCGUGGCUUUUUAGAUCGAUUA